UAUUUGGAAAAUGCUAACCUGGACCUUCAUAAAUCAGGUACUGAUCCUAGUCAUUUAUUCCUUUUGCCAGCUCCUUGUUUAUGGUGAAGUCCAUUAUUCUAUUCCGGAGGAAAUGGUGAGGGGGUCAUUUGUAGGUAAUAUCGCAAAGGAUUUAGGCAAAGAUAACCAGCGACUAAAAACUGGGGGCGCUCGUAUUUAUACCGAUGAUGAAACCGAAUAUUUUGAUCUGAAUAUAAAUAAAGGGAUUUUAGUUGUGAAGGAGAGGAUUGACAGAGAGCAGAUGUGUCGAUCAAUCCCUGUGUGUUCAUUACAUUUUCAGAUAGUACUCGAAAAUCCGAUGGAAUUACAUCGUGUAACGGUAGAUAUUGUUGAUAUUAACGAUAACAGGCCCACGUUUCAAAAAGAUAAUAUUCGGUUAGAAAUUAGUGAGUCGUCUCUUCCUGGAGCUUUGUUUUCUCUGCCGAGUGCUAUAGACAACGACGUGGGCGUAAACACAUUGAAAUCAUAUACCCUCACACCUAAUGACCAUUUUAAAUUGAAAACAAGUACACAGUCUGAUGGAAACAGUUACGUGAGUUUAUUGCUAGAAACGCAGCUGGACAGAGAAACACAGGAGGAGCAUAUUCUCCUUUUGACCGCUGUUGAUGGAGGCGAUCCUCCGCUGUCUGGAAUACUUGAAAUUCGUAUUAUUGUUCUCGAUAUUAAUGAUAAUGCUCCUGUUUUUACGCAGGAGGUUUAUAAAACGUCUAUUCCAGAGAAUACUAUAAUUGGAUCCGUGCUUACCAGAGUUAACGCCACUGAUGCAGACAAAGAUAUGAAUGGACACAUUAAAUAUUUUUUUAAUCACAUCUCGGACAAUGCUCAAGAUAUUUUUGAACUGAAUGCAGACUCUGGUGAAAUAAAACUCAAGGGACAACUUGAUUACGAAAAUAAUAAAAUGUACGAAAUGAACAUCCAAGCUAAAGAUAUCAGUGGCCUUUUAGGUUCCGGUAAGGUAAUAGUAGAAGUAAUGGAUGUAAAUGAUAAUGUGCCGUUUAUAAAUCUUAUAUCAGUUUCUAGUAAAAUCUCAGAGGAUUCAUUGCCUGGGACUGUGGUAGCAAUGAUAAAUGUAAAAGAUAAAGACUCUGGAAGAAAUGGUAAAGUCAAUUGUUUUAUUGAUAAUAGCAUUCCAUUUAAACUGAAAUCGGCUUUAAAUAACUUUUAUAGCUUGGAAUCGGACGGAUUUCUGGAUCGUGAAAAAACGCCAAAGUAUAACAUUAGUAUUAUGGCUACAGAUGAAGGCGAACCUUCGCUAUCAGCUGCACGUACAAUUACACUUGAGAUAAACGAUGUCAAUGACAAUCCUCCACAAUUUGAACAGCAACACUACUCCACUAAUAUAAAUGAAAAUAAUACCCCAGGAUCUUCCUUUUUGUCAGUUCGUGCCAAAGAUGACGACUCAGGUCUAAACAGUAGGAUCUCCUACUAUAUUCAAGAAACCCGUCUUCAGAACAUCUCUGUGUUGUCGUUCGUGUCUGUUAAGUCAGAUGAAGGUGUCCUUUACGCUGUUCGUUCAUUCGAUUAUGAGCAGAUGAGCCAGUUUCAAGUCUCCGUGAUAGCUAAAGAUGGGGGAUCCCCGUCCCUCAGCUCAGCUGUCGUCGUGGAUGUGUAUAUUCAAGAUCAAAAUGACAAUCAUCCAGAGAUUUUAUACCCCAUUCAAAAUAAAGAAUCCCCAGUCGCAGAAUUCAUACCUCGUUCUGCAGAUAUUGGCUAUCUCGUUACCAAAGUUGUUGCUGUUGACAAAGACUCUGGAAAGAACGCUUGGCUUUCUUAUAAAAUUACCAAAGCCACUGACCAGACACUUUUUGAAAUCGGCUUAAAUAAUGGAGAACUGAGAACACUUCGACAGAUUACGGAAAAAGACCCUACAAAGCAAAGGCUAACGAUUUCUGUUGAGGACAGCGGGCAGCCUCCUCAUACGGCAACUGUGAAUGUAAAUGUUGCCAUAACUGAUAACUUUGCACUUGCUAUUUCAGAGUUCAGUGACUUAGCACAGGAGAAGAUUGAUGGUGAUCUCACAUUAUACUUAAUUCUUUCGUUGGUGAUAAUCUCGUUUCUUUUUGUUAUUUUCAUCAUAGUCCUGAUAUGUUUAAAAUUCCACAAAUGGAGGAGGUCUAAAUUUUUCAACGAAUGCGCCAACGGAACUCUCCCUGUUAUUCCUUAUUACCCUCCGCGCUAUGCAGACGUUGGAGCCACGGAAACUCUUUGUCACGUUUACAACUACGAAGUCUGCCUCACGACAGAUUCUGGAAACAGUGAAUUCAAAUAUGUAAAACCAUUGGUUCAAAGUGCUGUGGAUAAUCCUGUUGAAACGGAAAAGAAGUGUUGCGAUCCCAAAAGUGAUUUCUCAGCAGAGGAGGAACUCGUUCAGAAAAUGCAAGUCUGGAUUCAGCAGGUACUGAUCUUAUUUUUUAUAAAAUUGUCCACAUUUCUCGUAGCCUUGGAAGUUCGUUACUCUAUUCCUGAGGAAAUGGUGAAAGGGACUUAUGUUGGCAACAUUGCAAAAGAUUUAGGAUUAGAUAACCAGAGACUUAAAACAGGAAAAGCUCGCAUUUUUACAGAAGGGGACUCAGAAUAUAUCGAAUUAAAUAUGAAUAAAGGGAUUUUAGUUGUAAGGGAAAGAAUUGACAGAGAACAGUUGUGCGGGAUAAUAUCUCCCUGCUCCUUAAAUUUCCAAAUUGUACUUGAAAAUCCUAUGGAAUUUCAUAGAAUUGCCGUUGAUAUUGUUGACAUUAACGAUAAUGAUCCCAUGUUUGAAAAAGAAAACAUUCAAUUAGAAAUCUUAGAAUUAUCUCCACCAGGAACAUUGUUUUCAUUGCCUAGUGCUUUAGACAGUGAUGUGGGUGUAAACAGUUUGAAAUCAUACACUCUCACGCCUAAUGAUCAUUUUAAAUUAAAAUUACGCACGCAACCCGAUGGCAGCAAUUCUGUGAAUUUAAUGUUAGAAACGUCACUAGACAGAGAGACAAAAGAAGAAUUUGUCCUCCUUUUAACUGCACUUGAUGGCGGAGAUCCCCAGCGAUCUGGCACAGUCGAAAUUAAAAUUAUUGUGCUUGAUGCAAACGACAAUGCUCCCCUUUUUGCUCAAGAGCUUUAUAAAGCUACAGUCACCGAGAACGCCCCCAUGGGCACUGUCUUAAUUAGAGUUCAUGCUACGGACGCUGACAAAGACAUCCACGGGCGAAUUAUUUAUUUUUUCUCGCAUGUCUCUCAUAAUGCGCUGAACUUAUUCGAAAUAAAUCAAGAUUCAGGCGAAAUUAAACUGAACGGUCAAAUUGACUAUGAAAAUAAUAAAAUGUAUGAAAUGACAGUGCAAGCUAAAGACUAUGGCGGUCACGUAAGUUCCACUAAAGUGAUAAUUGAAGUACUUGAUGUAAAUGAUAAUAUACCGAGUAUAAAUUUCAUGUCUGUUUCAAGCCAAAUUUCUGAAGACGCAAUACCUGGGACAGUAAUAGCAAUUAUUAAAGUGCAAGAUAAAGAUUCUGAAAGAAAUGGAAGGGUCAGUUGCUUUAUAGAUAAUGACAUUCCCUUUAAACUUAAAUCCUCUAUAAAUCAUUUCUAUAGUUUGGAAACAGAUGCAUUUCUAGACCGAGAAAAAACAACCCGUUAUAAUAUUACAAUUGUUGCUAAAGAUGAAGGUGAGCCUCCACUUUCCUCAUUUCAUACGAUCACGUUAGACAUAAGUGAUAUCAAUGAUAAUCCUCCAAAGUUCGAAGAGCAGUAUUACAAAACGUAUGUCAUGGAAAACAAUUCCCCAGGGUCUUCAUUUUUUUCUGUGCGAGCCAAAGAUGACGACUCGGGUCUCAACAGCAGAGUCUCUUACUUUAUUCAAGAAAACCUUACCCAAAACAUUUCAGUUUCUUCUUUCAUAUCUAUUAGUUCAGAAGAAGGAACCCUUUACGUUGUCCGUUCAUUUGAUUAUGAGCAGAUAAGCCAAAUUCAAAUAUCAGUUAUGGCAAAGGAUGGAGGAUCUCCGGCUCUUACAUCCAGUGCCAUUAUAGAUGUAGUUGUUCAAGACCAGAAUGACAAUCCCCCAGAGGUUUUAUAUCCUGUUGUCAGUAAAGGUUCAACAACAGUAGAAUUUAUUCCUCGCUCUGCAGAUGUUGGCUACUUGGUGACUAAGGUUGUUGCUGUAGACAAAGACUCUGGACAGAAUGCUUGGCUUUCUUACAAAAUUGUCAAAUUCACUGAUCCGACGCUUUUUGAAAUUGGCUUAUACAAUGGAGAACUCAAAACACUUCGGCACAUUAUGGAGAAAGAUUUUACAAAGCAAAAAUUAACUAUUGCAGUAGAAGAUAGUGGGCGACCUUCUCACUCAGCAACAGUCAUUGUUCAUAUUGCCAUCACCGACAGCUUUGCAUUGGCAUUUUCAGAAUUCAAUGAUCUUGCGCAGGAGUACGGCACUAAUGGCGACCUUACAUUUUACUUGGUGCUCUCAUUGGUGAUAGUGUUCUUUCUUUUUAUUGUUUUCAUUAUUGUUUUAAUAACUUUGAAAUUUCAUAAAUGGAGGCGCUCCAAACUUUUCAGUGAAUGCGCCAAUGGAACUGUUCCGGUGAUUCCUUAUUACCCGCCCCGUUAUGCAGACAUUGGAGCCACGGGAACUCUUUGUCACGUUUACAACUAUGAAGUCUGCCUGACGACAGAUUCUGGAAACAGCGAAUUUAAAUAUGUAAAACCGUUGGUCGGGAAUGUUGUGGAUAUUGAUCUGAGUGGAACAGAAACAAAGACUCAAACUUUAAGGAAUGAAUUAACUGCAGAACAAGAAGUCACUACACCGACUGGAAUACGUUAUUGUUCUCUUCUCAUCUGGAAAAUGAAGGGCCGGACUUUCCUAAAAAAGGUACUGAUACUAAUAUUUCUAAGAUUGCCCACAUUGUUAGCUAAAGCAGAGGUUCGUUAUUCCAUUCCGGAGGAAAUGGUGAGGGGUACGUUCGUAGGUAACAUUGCAAAAGAUCUGGGAUUAGAUAGCCAGAGACUGAAAACAGGCAGGGCUCGUCUCUAUUCUGAUGGGCGCACGGAAUAUGUUGAGCUGGAUACAAAUAAAGGGAUUUUAGUUAUUAAGGAAAGAAUUGACAGAGAGCAGAUGUGUGGAUCAAAAACUCAUUGCGCCUUAAAUUUUCAAAUAGUCCUUGAGAAUCCGAUGGAAUUAUAUCGAGUUUCCUUUGAUAUCAUUGAUAUUAACGACAAUGACCCCAUGUUUGAAAAACAAACUGUUCAGUUAGAAAUUACAGAGUCGUCUCUUCCAGGAGCAAUGUUUUCACUUCCGAGUGCUGUAGACAGAGAUGUGGGUGUAAACAGUCUGAAAUCAUACAUGCUCACACCGAAUGAUCAUUUUAAAUUAAAAAUGAGUAAGCAACCCGAUGAAAGCAAUUCUGUUUCUUUAUUAUUAGAAACGCCACUGGACAGAGAAAAGCAAGAAGAACAUGCUUUGCUUUUAACUGCUGUUGACGGAGGGAAUCCUCAGCGAUCUGGGUCAGUCGAAAUAAAAAUUACUGUGCUCGAUGCGAAUGACAAUUCUCCUGUUUUUACACAGCAGCUUUAUAAAGCUGAAGUCACGGAGAACUCUCCGGUAGACACUGUCCUGAUUACAGUUAAGGCAAACGAUGCUGACAAAGACAUUUACGGAAGAGUCAAAUAUUUUUUCUCCCAUGUUUCAAAUAAUGCGCAGAAUUUAUUUGACAUUAAUUCAGAUUCCGGAGAAAUUUCUCUCAUUGGAAAACUAGAUUACGAAAGCAAUGAAAUUUAUGAAAUGACGGUGCAAGCCAAAGAUUACGGCCACGUAAGUUCUAGCAAAGUGAUAAUUGAAGUAAUUGAUGUAAAUGACAACACGCCAGUUAUAAAUGUCAUGUCAGUUUCAAGCCAAAUCUCGGAAGAUUCAUCACCCGGGACAGUAAUAGCAAUGAUUAAUGUACAAGACGAAGAUUCCAGAAAAAACGGUAAAGUAAAUUGCUUCAUAGAUAGCAAUCUCCCGUUUAAGUUGAAAUCUUCUUUAAAUAGUUUCUAUAGUUUGGAAACGGACGCAUUUCUGGAUAGGGAAAAAACCUCUCAAUAUAAUAUUACUGUUAUUGCUACAGACGAAGGUGAGCCAUCACUUUCAGCUUCACUAACAAUCACACUCGAGAUAAGCGAUAUCAAUGACAAUGCUCCAAAAUUCGAACAGCAACAUUACAAAACAUUUCUCAUGGAAAACAAUUCUCCGGGGUCUUCGUUUUUCUCAGUGAGAGCAACAGAUGAAGAUUUUGGCAUGAAUAGUAGAAUCUCAUAUUUCAUUCAAGAAGCCCGUAUACAGAACAUUUCUGUGUCUUCACUUGUUUCUAUUAACUCGGAUCAAGGCAUGCUGUAUGCCGUACGUUCAUUUGAUUAUGAGCAUUUGAGCCAUUUUCAAGUCUCAGUUACAGCUAAGGAUGGAGGCUCUCCGGCUCUCAGCACCACUGUCAUUAUAGAUGUUUUUGUUCAAGACCAGAAUGACAAUGCUCCAGAGAUUUUAUACCCAGUUUUGAAUAAAGGUUUCCCAAUGGCUGAAUUCAUACCUCGCACUGCUGAUGUUGGUUAUCUAGUAACAAAAAUUAUUGCUGUAGACAAAGAUUAUGGGCAGAAUGCUUGGCUUUCAUAUAAACUACUUAAAUCAACCGAGCAAAUUCUUUUUGAAGUCGGUUUACAUAAUGGAGAACUAAAAACCCUUCGACACGUUACGGAGAAAGAUUUUACUAAGCAAAGAUUAACAAUUUUAGUGGAGGACAACGGGCAGCCUCCUCUCUCAGCAACAGUUAGUGUUAACGUUGCCAUCACUGAUAACUUUGCAUUAGCGUUAUCAGAAUUUAACGAUCAUACUCAACAAAAGGACGAAGAUGGAGAGCUAACAUUUUACUUGGUGGUCUCACUAGUGAUAGUCUCUUUGCUUUUCAUCAUCUUCAUUAUCAUUAUAAUAUCUUUAACAUUGCACAAAUGGAGGCGUUCUAAACUUUUCAGCGAAUGCUCAGACAGGACACUGCCAGUUAUCCCGUAUUACCCACCCCGUUAUGCAGAAGUUGGAGCCACUGGGACUCUCUGUCACGUCUACAAUUACGAAGUGUGUCUCACAACAGAUUCUGGAAACAACGAAUUUAAAAAUGUCAAGCCUUUGGUCGUCGAUACUGAUCCUGCUGCAAACCAAAGUAAUGACUCCAUCUCAAAGAGUGAUUUAAUUGCAGAAGGUGAUCUUCUCCAGAUUGCCCUUCAAAAUCCCAUGGAAUUACAUCGAAUUGUGGUCGAAAUUGUGGAUAUUAAUGAUAAUGCCCCUUCGUUUCCGAGAGAAAGCACUGAAUUGGAAAUUAUUGAAUCUUCUAUUUCUGGAACACUGUUUUCACUGCCGAGUGCUUUAGAUAGCGAUGUAGAAGCUAAAGACAACGGGGGGCUCGUAGAUUCCUGUAAAGUAAUAGUAGAAGUGAUAGAUGUAAAUGACAACGUGCCAUUAAUAAGCCUUAUAUCGGUCUCUAGUCAGAUCUCCGAAGAUUCUUUACCUGGGACAACGAUAGCAAUGAUUAACGUUCAAGAUUAUGAUUCUGGAAGAAACGGUAAAGUCAAAUGUUUCGUUGUAAAUCCCAGUCCAUUUAAAGUGAAGACUACCUUAAACAAUUUUUACAGUUUAGAAACGGAUGCAUUUCUAGAUCGAGAAAAAAUUUCUCAAUAUAAUAUUACUGUUGUGGCUACAGACGAAGGUGAGCAGCCACUUUCUUCAUCUCAAACAAUCACACUCGAGAUAAGUGACAUCAAUGACAAUCCUCCAAAAUUCGAACAACAACAUUACAAGACAUUCAUAAUGGAAAACAAUUCUCCCGGGUCUUCAUUUUUUGCUGUGAGAGCCAAAGAUUUUGAUUCGGGUCUGAACAGUAGAAUUUCUUACUUUAUUCUAGAAACCCACAUCCAAAACUUUUCUGUCUCUUCCUAUGUAUCAAUUAAUUCAGAUGAAGGCGUCCUCUACGCAGUGCGUUCUUUCGAUUUUGAACAAAUACGCAAUUUUCAAGUCUCAGUUACAGCUAAGGAUGGGGGCUCGCCAGCGCUUAGUACCAGUGUCAUUAUAGAUGUGUUUGUUCAAGACCAGAAUGACAAUGCCCCAGAGAUUUUAUACCCAGUUUUCAAUAAAGGAUCUUUAGUAGCUGAAUUUAUACCUCGUGGCGCAGAAGUUGGCUAUCUUGUUUCAAAAGUCAUUGCUGUUGAUAACGACUUCGGGCAAAAUGCUUGGCUUUCCUACAGAAUUGUUAAGUCCACCGAUCCGACAAUAUUUGAAGUCGGCUUACACAAUGGGGAACUGAGAACACUUAGACAAAUUACGGAAAAGGACUCUUCUAAGCAAAGAUUUACUAUUGUGGUGGAGGACAGCGGACAGCCUUCUCAUUCAGCUACAGCUACGGUCAACGUUGCCAUCACAGAUAACUUUGCGGCGGCGCUUUUAGAAUUUAAUGAUGUUACACAGGAUUUGUCCGGUGAUGAUAAUCUUACGCUCUACUUAACCCUCUCUUUAGUGACUAUUUCAUUUCUUUUUAUUAUUUUAAUUAUACUUGUUAUAUCUGUAAAAAUUCACAAGUGGAGACGUUCGAAAUUUUUCAACGAAUGCUCAAAUGGCACUCCUCCGGUAAUUCCCUAUUACCCGCCACGCUAUGCAGAAGUGGGAGCUACUGGAACUCUUUGUCAUGUCUACAAUUAUGAGGUCUGCCUGACAGAAGAUUCUGGAAACACCACACUUAAAUAUGUAAAACCGUUGGUCGGGGAUGCUUUGAAAAUGGACUUUGGUGGAGCCGAAACAAAGAGCCGGAAUAUUAGGAGUGAUUUAGCUGGAGAAGACGACAUAAUUCAGGUCCGUUAUUCUGUUCCAGAGGAAAUGGUGAGGGGAACGUUGGUAGGUAACAUAGCAAAAGACCUGGGGGUAGAUAGCCAGAGACUGAAAACAGGCAGGGCUCGUGUUUAUACAGAAGAGGGCACGGAAUAUAUUGAGCUAAAUGUAAAUAAAGGGUUAUUGGUUAUUAAAGAAAGAAUAGACAGAGAGCAACUGUGUGGAAAAAUAACACCCUGCUCCUUAAAUUAUCAGGUAGUCCUUGAAUCUCCGAUGGAAUUGCACCGUGUAUCCAUCGAAAUAAUUGAUAUUAACGAUAAUGAUCCAACGUUUGAAAGUCAAAGUUUUCAGUUAGAAAUAAUCGAGUCUUCUCUGUCAGGAGCAUUGUUUUCAUUGCCAAGUGCUGUAGAUAGUGAUGUAGGUAUAAACGGCCUGAAAGCAUACGCUAUCACGCCUAAUGAUCAUUUUACAUUAAAAUUAGGCUCGGGAUCUGAUGGCGGCAGUUCUGUGAGUUUAUUAUUAGAAACGCUUUUGGACAGAGAAACACAGGACGAGCAUGUUUUGCUUUUAACUGCUGUUGAUGGAGGGGAACCUCAGCGAUCUGGUACAGUUGAAAUUAAAAUUAUAGUGCUCGAUGCUAAUGACAAUGCUCCCAUUUUUACUCAGCAGCUUUAUAAAGCGGCGGUCUUGGAGAAUUCUCCAAAGGGCUCUGUGCUGAUUACAGUCAGCGCAUAUGACGCAGACAAAGAUAUGAACGGGAAAAUAAAAUAUUUUACAUCGCAUAUCUCAAAUAAUGCUCAGAAUUUAUUUGAAAUUAAUCCAGACACUGGAGAAAUUAAACUGGUUGGCCCAACUGAUUAUGAAAAUGAUAAAAUGUAUGAAAUUACGGUGCAUGCCAAGGAUUAUGGGGGUCACGUGAGUUCUAGCAAAGUGAUAAUUGAAAUCGUUGAUGUAAACGACAAUGCGCCGACUUUAAAUCUAAUGUCACUUUCAAAUCAAAUCUCUGAAGACUCGUUACCUGGGACCGUAAUAGCAAUGAUUAAUGUUCAAGAUGGAGACUCGGAAAAAAAUGGGAAAGUCAGUUGCUUUAUAGAUACUGACAUUCCCUUCAGAUUAAUAUCUUCUUUAGAUAAUAUCUAUACUUUAGAAACCGACGCAUUUCUUGACCGCGAAAAAAUACCACACUUUAAUAUUACUAUUGUUGCCAGAGACGAAGGCGAGCCGCCACUCUCUGCUACUCAUACAAUCACAUUAGAGAUAAGUGAUGUAAAUGAUAAUCCUCCGAAUUUCGAAGAGCUGCAAUACAAAACAUACAUAAUGGAAAAUAAUUCCCCGGGAUCUUCGUUCUUUUAUGUGCGAGCUAAAGAUGACGAUUCCGGUAUCAACGGUAGAAUUUCUUACUUCAUUCAAGAGACUAGUAUAAACAACUUCGUGAUAUCUUCAUUGGUUUCCAUUAAUGCUGAUGAAGGUGUUCUUUAUGCCGUACGCUCAUUUGAUUACGAGCAAAUGAAACACUUUCAGAUUUCGGUUAUAGCUAAGGAUGCGGGAUCUCCAACUCUCAGUUCCAGCGUCAUUAUUGAUGUAUUUGUUCAAGACCAGAAUGACAAUGCUCCAGAUAUCUUAUACCCAGUUCUGAAUAAAGGUUUUCUAGUGGCUGAAUUCUUACCUCGCUCUGCAGAUAUUGGAUAUCUGGUUACAAAAGUUAUUGCUGUAGACAAAGAUUCGGAGCGGAAUGCUUGGCUUUCUUACAAAAUCGUCAAAUCUAAUGACCAGACACUUUUUGACGUGGGUGUGUAUAACGGCGAAUUGAGAACUCUUAGACAAAUUACAGAGAAAGAUUCCACAAAACAACGAUUAACUAUUUCAGUAGAAGACAGCGGAGAACCUUCUCACUCAGCAACAGUUACUGUCAACAUUGCCAUCACUGACAACUUUGCACUAGCGCUUUCAGAAUUCAACGAUUUUACUCAAGAGCAGGUUGCUGAAGGGGAUCUUACAUUUUUCUUGGUGAUCUCUUUAGUGAUAGUCUCCUUUCUAUUUAUUACAUUCAUUAUUGUUUUGACGUCGUUAAAAUUCUACAAAUGGAGACGUUCAAAAUAUUUUAACGAAUGCUCGAAUGGUACCCUGCCCGUAAUUCCUUAUUAUCCUCCUCGUUAUGCGGAAGUGGGAGCCACGGGAACUCUUUGUCACGUUUACAACUAUGAAGUCUGCCUUUCAACGGAUUCUGGAAACGGCGAAUUUAAAUAUGUAAAAUCUUUGAACGGAGAUGCUGUGGAUACUGAAAAGGAGACAAAGAGUCCCGUCUGUGAAUCGAUUUCAGAGGAUGAUGUUCUGCAGGUAAGUUACACUUUAGCUUGCAGGAAAUUAGAAGUACGAAUAUCUGUCACUCUAGCACUCUUUGGUGCUGCUUACAGCACUCUGUUUGAUAAAGAUUACUUAAUUUGAAUGUACAGAUUUUUUUUAAUUCAUCCAUGCGUGUUGUUUGAACAUGUCCCUGUAACACUCCUGAAAGGGA